GUCCAUAUUCAGCACGUGCAAAGUACCAACGUACCUCCCCACGUACACACCGCCACACACGGUGAUACGGACGUCGAUAUUCACCGACGGCCUUCCGUCCGACAAUGGCAGCCGCAGCUCCGGCGUUGAGCUUGAAGCUCCUCAUCGACAAGAAGGCCCAAAAAGUGGUGUUUGCGGAAGCCCAGAAGCCAUUCGUGGACUUCUUGUUCUACCUCAUGUCAUUACCGCUGGGGACCGUCAUAAAUCUUGUUACAGAGAAAUCCAUGGUGGGCGCGCUUGGCAAACUCUACGGCAGUAUCUCGGACCUCAGCGACACUUACUUGCAGCCAGGAACGAACAAGGAUACCUUCUUGAACCCGAAAGUGCAAACACCAUUUCCUUCACAAAUGCCGCCACUCCCCUUGCCGCCGCCGCCGGCGGCUUCGGUGCGUAACAAAGAGGUUUAUAUUUGUCCUAACUACUACACCCACAAUCAUACUAGCUAUGCUUGCCGCACCGCUGCACGGUACUCUAACGACGCGGCAGCUUAUUGUCCGACCUGUAACAAUAAAAUGAACGCAGUGAUGAGCUACGUUCCUGCUGUGGCUGCUCCGGCAGCGGCGGAGGCGGCUCCUUCCAGUAAAGGUGAAGGAGGUGGGUUUGUGAGGGGUGUGGCGACCUAUAUGGUCAUGGAUGACCUCAAGGUGAUGCCACAGUCAACCAUUUCUACUAUCACCGCCCUGAAAGAGCAAAACAUCAAAGACUUUGGAUCCCUUGAGGUUAAAGUUGUCAACUUGGGAGUGGAUGCGGGAUUGAAAUUGUUGAAGGCUUCUCUACAAACUGAGUCUGUUCUCACCACUGUCUUCCUUGGGAAGUAGGCACAAUCCAUUCUUGAUUCAUCCAUGUUUGGUUGGUUAGGCUGUGUACGUUCUAGGUGUAUUUCAGUUUAGUAUUUGUGAUUUGUCGUGUGCUAAAAUCUACAAG